UGAUUCUCAUUUCUUCAAGUUCUUCAUAACGCUCGGAUCAAUCAGGAAGACGAACUUUAACUUUCUUUUUUCAUUAUUACCCAAAGCUAUGAGGCUCACACCACCAUUAGCUCCGCCGCCAUGAAUCCUUCUCUUCUUCCAGGUCAACAGAAGUCAGAGCUCCAAAAAUGGAGUCAUGCGAUUGUUUUGAGACGCAUGUGAAUCAAGAUGAUCUGUUAGUGAAGUACCAAUACAUCUCCGAUGCGUUGAUUGCUCUUGCCUACUUCUCAAUCCCACUCGAGCUUAUAUAUUUCGUGCAGAAGUCUGCUUUCUUCCCUUACAAAUGGGUGCUUAUGCAGUUCGGAGCCUUUAUCAUUCUCUGUGGAGCUACACAUUUCAUCAACCUGUGGAUGUUCUUCAUGCACUCCAAAGCUGUUGCGAUUGUCAUGACUAUUGCCAAAGUCUCUUGCGCGGUUGUGUCGUGUGCAACCGCGUUGAUGUUGGUUCAUAUUAUUCCUGAUCUUCUCAGUGUCAAGAACCGGGAAUUGUUUCUCAAGAAGAAAGCUGAUGAGCUAGAUAGAGAAAUGGGUCUUAUUUUAACACAAGAGGAGACUGGUAGGCAUGUUAGGAUGCUUACUCAUGGAAUUAGAAGAACUCUUGAUAGACAUACUAUUCUAAGAACCACACUUGUUGAGCUCGGUAAAACUCUUUGCCUUGAGGAAUGCGCCUUGUGGAUGCCUUCUCAAAGUGGUUUAUAUUUGCAGCUUUCUCAUACUUUGAGUCACAAAAUACAAGUUGGAAGCAGUGUGCCGAUAAAUCUCCCGAUUAUUAACGAGCUCUUCAAUAGCGCUCAAGCAAUGCACAUACCUCAUACAUGUCCUUUGGCUAAGAUUGGGCCUCCGGUUGGGAGAUAUUCACCUCCCGAGGUUGUUUCUGUCCGUGUACCUCUUUUACAUCUCUCUAAUUUCCAAGGCAAUGACUGGUCGGAUCUCUCUGGAAAAGGUUACGCUAUCAUGGUCCUGAUUCUCCCAACCGAUGGUGCAAGAAAAUGGAGAGACCAUGAGUUAGAGCUUGUGGAAAACGUGGCGGAUCAGGUGGCUGUGGCUCUCUCACACGCUGCAAUUUUGGAGGAAUCCAUGCAUGCUCGUGACCAGCUUAUGGAGCAGAAUUUUGCUUUAGACAAGGCUCGUCAAGAGGCAGAGAUGGCAGUGCAUGCUCGAAAUGAUUUCCUAGCUGUCAUGAACCAUGAGAUGAGGACACCGAUGCAUGCCAUCAUCUCUCUGUCUUCUCUCCUCCUUGAGACGGAGCUGUCUCCAGAACAGAGAGUUAUGAUCGAGACAAUACUGAAAAGCAGCAAUCUUGUGGCUACACUCAUCAGCGACGUUCUGGAUCUUUCGAGAUUGGAAGAUGGGAGCUUACUCUUGGAAAAUGAACCAUUCAGUCUACAAGCGAUCUUUGAAGAGGUCAUCUCUCUCAUAAAGCCAAUCGCAUCGGUGAAGAAACUAUCAACGAAUCUGAUUCUAUCUGCAGACUUACCAACUUAUGCUAUUGGUGAUGAGAAACGUCUGAUGCAAACUAUUCUCAACAUCAUGGGCAACGCUGUGAAAUUCACCAAGGAAGGCUACAUCUCCAUAAUAGCCUCUAUCAUGAAACCUGAGUCCUUACAAGAAUUACCAUCUCCAGAAUUCUUUCCAGUUCUCAGUGACAGUCACUUCUACCUAUGCGUGCAGGUGAAGGACACAGGGUGUGGAAUUCACACACAAGACAUUCCUUUGCUCUUUACCAAAUUUGUACAGCCUCGGACUGGAACUCAGAGGAACCAUUCCGGUGGAGGACUCGGGCUAGCUCUCUGCAAACGGUUUGUCGGGCUAAUGGGAGGAUACAUGUGGAUAGAAAGCGAAGGCCUAGAGAAAGGCUGCACAGCUUCGUUCAUCAUCAGGCUUGGUAUCUGCAACGGUCCAAGCAGUAGCAGUGGUUCAAUGGCGCUACAUCUUGCAGCUAAAUCACAAACCAGACCGUGGAACUGGUGAUACAUUACGUUGGAAAGACUUGUAUUGAGGUGAGACUUUUUAACUACACAGCAGCAAGAGAAAGAAGAAAAUACAUGACCGGACGGUGUGAUCUAACUUAUUGGAUUUUGUUGGAUGUAUUAUGUAAAAUAAAAAUCCUAUAUACGG